GCGCACACUUCAAGCAACAUCAUCGCCACGCCUGGCACUAAAACUAUGGGCAACUGCGUUCAUGGGGUUUCUCCUCUCUGAGCCGGAUUCUGUCAUCCUCAAAGCCCUGGCCUUUUUUUCCUGAUCCGUUCGGCACGUAACAAACAUAACUCCCAGACAAUAAAGUUGCUUAAGAAAAGGCGAAGGGGAGGAGUCCGGGCGCCAGCCUGAAAUUUGAAGACUUUGAAGGCCUGAUGUCCAACUUUACUGAGAAUUAUACCUACGAAGAGUAUCCGUACGUCGACGACCUCCUUCCUCAGCCGUGCCAGUUCACAUUCUGCGUCAGCUUCAUCCGCAGCAUCUUAGCCUUGCUGGUGUUGGCCACCAUCCUGGGCUUCCUCUGCAGCGUAGCCCUUGGCGUCACCUUGGCCAAGUGUCCGCACUUGUGGGACCGACGCCAUCCAGGAAAGCACAAGCUCUUCCUAAUGUCAGCCGCCACCACCAUCUUCGCCACCACCUUGGCAUUCUUUGCAGUGGAAGUCAAGCAAGGGUGGGUCUUCGGUUACCACUUCUGCCAAGUGACCCGUGGCUUGAAGCACGGAUGCCUCUUUGCCCAAGGGUUGGUGGUGGCUGGUAGUGCGUGUCCCAUUUCUUGGGACCAUCUCCGUUCGCUUUUGCUCGCUAUGCUCUGGAUCGUGGGGUUCCUAUGCGCAACACCCGCAGCCAUGAUAAGCACCCCUGGCGAUGUCUGUGCCCCGAGCCUGAAACCAGAGCUUCAUCCAUGGUCUCUGGCUCACACCUUGGUCUUUCUGGCUAUCUUUGCCAUCCUCCCACUGGUGAUGCUUUUGGCCAAGGUGGCACUGACAUGGCAUGGAAAGAAUAAGUGCCUACAGAUGGACCUAACCUGGUUGCUUUACAUUUUCUGGUCACCGUAUGCCAUAGCUUUGCUCCUGGACAAACUGCUGCAGGAGAACUUGCUAACGUCUACCUGUCAUUUCCAAGAAUGUCUUGACUACUUCCUCGGGAUCUCCGAGGGAUUUGGCAUCCUUCAUUGCUUCGCCCUGCCCCUGUUAUUUCUGGGGUUGGGCCUCCGUCGCCAAAGAACCAGCAAAGCGGGAAGGCCCUAAAUAGUCACAGCCGUAAAUGAUCAUCAUCAAUAAAUAAAUAGCCGUCAAAAAUAGUCAUUGGGAGAUGGCAUCGAUGUGGCUGCUUCUGCAGUGAUGUGCUGGCACUGGCUUAGGAUGCUUUGAAAGCCAAGAUGUCUUUCUGCAAAUAUAAGUUGAAAUAAAAUGUAUUUUUGCAUUCAGAUCAGCCAAAUUUUGCAAUCCUGAUAGGAUGAAUUCUGCAAUCUGGAUAAGUCAGGAUAGAAAAAUCAGGAUUGCAAUAGUAAUAUAACUAUGAUUAUCAUUACUGUUAUAGUUAUAGGAAAUGUUUGGUGCAAUGCCAAAGGCAAAUCGGUGUAAUACUGUAAUUCUGAUUACUUUAAAAAGGUAUUUUAGUUACUUUUGAAUCAGAAGAAAAAGAAAGGAAGCCAUUUUAAAUGUAGCUUUAAUAGAACUUGAGACUUUGAUACUGGAGGAUAUCUGCAAUUGUUACUUCCAACUAGACUAGACCUAUUAGGACUUUCUUAAAUCAAAACGCAUCUACUCCACUUGGGGCUAACAAUUGGAUUUAGUCCUGUAAUUGUAACUCAUUACUGUUUUAAAGUGAUAUCUUUCUCUCUUUUAUUCCCUGUUUUUGUUUACUGCCUUUCUGCAAAAACAUUCAAAACAGUCUGCAGAUGAAAAUAAUGGCUUAUAAUUCAAUAGACAUGAUGCACAAUUUAUUAGGGUCAGGAAGAGGAAAGUGCAGUAAAUGGUUUUGAGUUUUGAGCGUCAGAGUAUGACUCUAGAGACCAGGGUUCGAAUCGUGGCUCGGUCAUGGAAACCCAUUGGGUGAUCUUGUGCAUGUCACACUCUCUCAGCCUCAGAGGAUGGCAAUGGCAAA